AUGCCCGCUGAGGAGGGUUUGGGUUGUAGGGAGGAGACGAAUUGCGCGGCAGCGUUCUUCAGCGAUGCGCAGAGUAUUACGACCCCACCAGGGUGGUUGUCGGCUGCUCCGUUGGCUGGUCGUUCGGUCGCUAAAGCAGACUCGUCGACGGGACCGGUUUCGCCUACCCUACCGAACGGCAACGGGAUCUCUCUGACUCCUGUAACGAGCACGGGGAACUCGGCGAUUUCGUCGUAUCUACAAGCAACAAGCGGACAACUCGAUCAGAAGCCGACGUUGGACCUAUCGCCAAACGCAUUGCCUCAGUCUCCGAUCUCGAUGUUCAUGAACGGUGGACUGAAUAUGAGCGCAUCGCCCUCAGCAAAUCCGAACAACUGCCUCUCGGGCGAUUCUCCGCCGAACCCUUUCGAGCUCAUGCGGCGCAUAAAUGAGCUUUCCCUCCCCCAGAAACUGAUGCUGUUCGGCGCUGCGGCAGGAGCGCAGAGUCCUUUGAGUCCCCAUGCCCACCAAGGGGGACAUCGCGGACCCCUUAUGGACUCGCCCAUCUCCAGCGGUAAGACCGCAGGUCGGUACCGCUGCGAUUUCUGUGACUAUCACGCUGUAACGCCGAGCCAUCUUCGCAGGCACCAGAGAACGCAUACGGGUGAGAGACCCUACGAGUGCAACAUUUGCAGCCGUCGCUUCACUCAGAAACCAUCCUUGAAGAGCCAUCUCUCGACUCAGCACGGCAUCUCGUAA